CUCCACCACCCAGAAAAGCAGAACCGAAAAACAGAAACUCAAAACGCGUUUCUGAAUUCGGAUACUGUUUCUCUUUCUGGCCCAUCAUCUUAUUCUGUUUUUGUCUCUCUUUCUCCGCCGUCCGUUCCGCCACCACCGCAGGCGUUUUUGUUUUUUAAAUCUUUACAUACUCAGAAAUGGACGUCCGCAGCAGACGAUCAACGGCGGCGACGAAGUCUGGGCAGGCCAUGCCCAUCAAGGCCCUAAAGGCGGCCCAUGAAAAUGAAGAAAACCCCAGAGCCUCGGAUGCUCUGCCUCUUCCUCUGUACAUCACCAACGUCGCUUUCUUUACUCUGUUUUUCUCGGUGGUUUACUUCCUCCUCACACGGUGGCGCGAGAAGAUCCGUACCUCCACACCUCUCCAUGUCCUCACCUUCUCUGAAAUCUCCGCCGUGUUUGCUCUCGUCGCUUCCUUCAUCUAUCUCUUGGGCUUUUUCGGAAUCGAUUUCGUUCAGUCCCUGAUUCUCCGACCCUCCACCGACGUUUGGGCCACCGACGAUGACGAAGAAGAAACUAUUUUAAUCAAGGAUGACACUCGAAAAGUCCCUUGUGGUGCCGCACUCGAAUGCCCACUUCCCCAAAUUGCCCCUCCGGUGGCUGUAUCCUCCAAGGCAGCCUUGCCAAAGGUUGUCGACUCAGCUCCGACGACCACCGAAGAUGACGAAGAGAUCAUUAAAUCCGUCUUGGAUGGGAAAAUUCCGUCGUACUCUCUCGAGACUAAGCUGGGUGAUUGCCGGAGGGCGGCAGCGAUUCGUCGGGAAGCGUUACAGAGGCUGACCGGAAAAUCUCUCUCUGGUCUGCCAUUGGAUGGGUUGGAUUAUGAUUCGAUUUUGGGUCAGUGCUGUGAGAUGCCAGUUGGGUAUGUGCAGAUUCCGGUGGGGAUCGCUGGACCUCUGUUGCUUGACGGAAGGGAGUACUCUGUUCCCAUGGCGACCACUGAGGGUUGCUUGGUAGCCAGCACCAAUCGGGGCUGCAAAGCCAUUCAUCUCUCCGGUGGAGCUUUCAGUGUCUUGUUGAAAGAUGGCAUGACUAGAGCUCCCGUGGUAAGGUUCAACACCGCCAGAAGAGCCGCUGAUUUGAAGUUCUACUUGGAAGAGCCUGCUAAUUUCGAAACUCUCACCAUGGUUUUCAACAGAUCGAGCAGGUUUGCGAGAUUACAGACGAUAAAAUGCACGAUUGCAGGGAAGAAUCUUUACAUGAGAUUUUGCUGCAGCACAGGAGACGCCAUGGGAAUGAACAUGAUAUCCAAAGGUGUCCAAAACGUGCUUGAUUUUCUCCAAAAUGAUUUCCCCGACAUGGACGUGAUUGGAAUCUCCGGUAACUUCUGCUCCGACAAGAAGCCCGCGGCCGUGAACUGGAUCGAAGGGCGUGGUAAAUCCGUGGUCUGUGAAGCCACCAUCAAGGGCGACGUAGUGAGGAAAGUAUUGAAGACCAAUGUGGAAGCACUUGUCGAGCUCAACAUGCUUAAGAACCUCACGGGUUCAGCCAUGGCUGGUGCUCUUGGGGGUUUCAACGCCCACGCAAGUAACAUAGUCUCGGCAGUCUUCAUCGCCACCGGCCAAGACCCUGCGCAAAACAUCGAGAGCUCCCAUUGCAUAACGAUGAUGGAGCCAGUCAACGAUGGGAAGGAUCUUCAUGUUUCUGUCACUAUGCCAUCCAUUGAGGUUGGUACAGUUGGAGGUGGAACUCAACUGGCGUCGCAGUCAGCUUGCUUGAAUUUGCUCGGUGUGAAGGGCGCAAACAGAGAAGUUCCAGGGUCAAAUGCAAGAAAGUUGGCCACCAUUGUUGCAGGUGCUGUGCUUGCUGGUGAGCUUUCUCUCAUGUCAGCUCUCGCAGCUGGCCAACUCGUUAACAGUCACAUGAAGUACAACAGAGCAAACAAAAACGUUACUACUACUGCUACUCCUACCCCUACAGUUGCUUCAUCUUAAGAGCUAAGGGAUUAUUAUUAGUAUCAUUAAUUAUAAUUAUUUUCUAAAAUUCCCCAAAAAAGUUAAUAAAUAAUUUAAGAAAGUCAACUCACGUCAUGGGGAGAAUGAAAAGAAUUGAUGGUGAUAGAAAAUAUCGAAGAACAUAAAUACUUAUAUAGACCACUAAGCUCACCUUACCUAGCUAGCUAGGUGAAACCAAAUUGUGUACUACUUGAACUUGUAUUCUUUUUUUCUUUACUUUACCUUUUUAUUUUCCUCUACUUCGCCCAUAAACCUUUUGAUGCUGUACUUGUAAGAAUUGUGUAAAAAUGAUGAUGGGAAACUUGUAAUUGUUGCUUUCA